CCCCAGUCGAGGGCUGUGUCUCGUUUGAAAGGCUGCAUCCUCAGGAGGUCGCAUUUGUCGGCCGCAUACGUCAUCGAGGCUGUCUCAUUUCAUAAAAGCGAGUAGGACACUUUGAAUGCAACCUUCUUUCACGGGAAUUCGGAAGAUGCAUGAGGUGUAUCCUCGUGGGCACUCAUAACCCACAAUUCUUUGCUUCAACGGAAAUGUCUAAAAAAAAAAAAUGACGCCAAUUUGCCGGUAAAUAUGAUGUUCAAACGCAAGUAAUGUUAAUUCCCAAGUUGAAGUACCUCAGUAGAUGGGUGCAGAGUAUAUAAUAUGUAUAAUUAUAUUAAUAUAUAAUUAAAAUAAAGUAUUAGACUAAAAGUACACCUGUAAAAUCUAUUUUCUUUUCUAUUUACAUCUUUAUAACUCUCCUAAAAUGUACCUCAUACAUUCCCUUCCAGAGAGACUUUGUUCCCUUCUCACUCAAAGCGCUCGUGCUUGUUAAAGAGUGGCGUGCUGUCAUAGCAACCAUGUUACGUUCCGUUUCCGUUCGUCCUACGAAGGCCGUCUCGUUUAAACGAGACUUGUUUAAAGGAGGACACUCGGUAUACUGCAGCCUUCAAAGGACGCAUCCUGCCUAGCACGCAGCCUUCCAAACGAGACACAGCCGAGAAUCUGUACUUGUCAUCCUGUCCACUAGGGAGCGCACUAAAGGCCGACGUUCCUCGAGGAGACUUAUGGGUCUGUAAAUACUACCUGUGUGGCUUCUGCCCUGCUGAACUGUUCACAAACACACGAUCAGACUUGGGUCCUUGUGAGAAAAUCCAUGAUGAAAACUUGAGGAAAGUAUAUGAGAAGAGCUCCCGCUUUAUGAAGGAAGGAUAUGAGCGAGACUUCCUGCGGUACCUGCAGAGUCUGCUGGCCGAGGUGGAGCGCAGGAUUCGGAGGGGUCAUGCACGCUUGGCCCUGUCACAAGCACAGCAGAACUCUGGAGGACCGGGUCCAUCGGGGAAGAACGAGGAGAAGGCUCAGGUCCUUACAGAGAAGAUUGAAGAACUUGUAGUUCAGAUUGAGGAGUUGGGCUCAGAGGGGCGUGUUGAGGAGGCGCAGGGCAUGAUGAAGCUGGUGGAGCAACUGAAGGAAGAGAGAGAGCAGCUCAGUUCCACUCCUUCAACGAUUGAGAGCUUUGCAGCUCAGGAGAAGCAGAUGGAGGUGUGUGAAGUGUGUGGUGCUUUCCUCAUAGUGGGUGACGCUCAGUCCAGAGUGGACGAUCAUCUAAUGGGCAAACAGCAUAUGGGAUAUGCCAAAAUCAAAGCCACUGUAGAAGAACUGAAGGAAAAACUGCAUCGGCGCUCCGAGGACCCAGAGAAGGACGAGCGAGGAAAGAAAGAGAGGGAGGACCGCGAGCGUGAAAGAGAGGAGCGUGAGAAGAAACGCAAAGAGGAGGAAGAGAGGGAGAAAGAGCGGGAAAAAGAGAAGGAGAGGGAGCGAGAGCGUGAGAGAGAGAGGGAACGCGAGCGAGAGAGGGAUCGGGACAGAGAGAGAGAACGGGAACGAGACAGACGUGGGAGGCGAAGUCACUCCAACAGUAGACACUCCAGCCGAGCGUCGGACCGCCGCAGGAGCCGCUCACGAGACCGGAAGAGGUCCAGGAGUAAGGACCGGGACAGGAAACGCAGCAGGAGCCGUGACCACGACCGAGAGAGGAGGCGCAGCCGGGAACGGUCAGACAGGAAGCGCCGCUCUCGGAGCAGGGAGAGGAGGAGGUCCCGCAGUUCUGAGCGCAAGAGCCACCGGCACCGCAGCCGCAGCAGAGACCGAGACAGAGACAAGGACAGAGGGGACAAAGACAAGGACAAAUCCUCUAAGGACAAAGAGCACAAGGACUCUUCGAAUGAGAAGAGGAGCAGCAGAAAGGGCUCUGUUGACAAGUCCAAUGAGCUUUCCAAACCGAAGCUCAUGGAGGCGGAGCCUCCCAAAAGGGAAGUGAACGGCACCGACGAAGAGCUUCAUUCUGAAGGUGACACACAGUCCAAUUAAAACUGAUCUGAUAGGACCUCAGAUCAGAGCCAGGGGGAGUUUGGACAGCUGCAAGAGGAAGACUUUGAAGACCUCCAUUCUACAACACAACUCCGCUGCUUUAAAACAAGGUGAACCACAGACGUAGUGGCCUAUUAUGAUAAAAUGAUAAAGAAAUGUAAAUGUAAAAUGGUUCUGUAACCAUUUCUCAGCAUUUCCAAAGGACCUUUGGUGUUCUUUUUUAAUAUGUUUUUGUUUUCUUUGGUCUUAUUGCUAUGAAAUGGACAUGCAGCUCCACCAUGAUUUCUUUUAGUAUGCAUUCAGAAUGAAUAAACUACUUGUGGCAUGUUUGCUCUGUACAGUCCACUCUCACAUCUGAGCUAUUGAAGAUUGGUUUUGUUCAGUAUUUUGACUGGAAGCCCUAAGGGUCUCAACUGCUUACAUAUUAUUUCCCCUCUGUACGCUAAAUCCCAAAUCUUUAUACAAUUUUAGUUUAAACAGAUGAAUUUUCAUUUUGUUCCAGUUUUAAAUCCUGUAUUUGUCUUGAAUAAAAAAAAUAAAAAUAAAAAAAAAACACUGUUUGAA